AUGGCCAUUGUUUUCUACUUAAGUCUUUUAUUUUAUCUAGUGGUUUAUGCAACUACAAAAUAUGCUAUUAUUCCACACGGAGUGAGCAUGACGUGCCAUCAACGGUAUUUCAUGAUCAGUGUUAAUCAACACUUAGUGGGAAAGAAUAUCAGCUUCGAGGCUGUCGAUGGGAAUGGUUCCUAUUCCAUCACUGAAGAAUAUGCUAACAAGUGUGGAUACAGUCUAAGAACUAUUCAUUUCAAAAACCGUGUGCAGUUACGAGCGUCAUACUUCAGCUGUCACACUGAUGAGGUAGACAAGAUGUACACGUUUAGUUUUAACUUGGUUGCACACGACAAAGAAGACAAGGUCACACAUGCCCUGAACAGGACGUGUGCUCCAUCUCUGCCUUGGUCACUCAGAGAGGUCACUUGUGAAGUCAACUACAUGGAGGUGUCUGUUCGAAGUGAAAUCGCCUGCCCUACUGCAACACGGAGGAAUGACUGGGACAACCUAAAACUUGCUCAUGGCAAUUCCUCUGCAGACUGGCAGGUGACCUUUCAGAACGGCGGGGAGCAGUUUCCGCCUACAUCGAUUAAUGAGGCUCUCGGAGAAGGCUAUGUCUUUGACUUGACCAGUGACAGGCUUGUGUUUCGGACACCUUAUGGGCAGCCUCACUCGUUCACCUCAGUGAUUGAUGGAGUCCCAGUAGAGGUCGUCCACGCCACUCUAUUUUCCCGACAAAGUUGGCUUGUGCUCCUCGUUGACCUUGUUGCUGCCUGCUCAGUGUAUAAAGCCACAUUUGAAGAUGAAGGAUACAUGUCAUGGGAGACUCCAGAUGUGAUGUACCCAGGUCUACACACCACUCACUUGAGCUUUGGCCUCGACGGGAACCUCAUGCAGCCUGCUGUUGCAAAGACAAAGGGAUAUGUCAUAGAAAAAUACAACAAUACAGUGGAAAUCGGAAUCCCUUAUGAUGCCGCGGGAAGUGACAGGAAGAGUGUUGUAUCUGGAGGCUUGUAUGAAUCCUACAGUUAUGACUUCUACAUGGAGCAGCUGUCUGUGGAUGAAGAUGGAAUCGAAACCAGACUUCGAACUCACAGAACUAUGAGGACUCCCCUUCUGAUGCGGACACUUCUGGAUGAAAAUCGAACAGUUCUGCAAGAGAAACACUUUACAAUCUACCUUGGUGAUAUUCCUCAAGACGUUGAGCUGAUUUCAUUGACACUAAAUGAACAAAUAUUUCAAGUACCUUUCACAAAUAUUAGCGCCUUCUCAUUGGUAAAGGUUGUUCAUCCAAACGACACACACGGCUACAGUUUGAAGGUGCCGUUCUACAAUUCGCCAGUCAUUCAACAGUUCUCUACAGACAACAUAGAGUUCAAGCUUUACAUAAACUACACACUGAUGGUUACCCCUGAAAACAAUCCUUUCCAACACAAGGCUUUCUUUAUGGCAACAAUACCCGAUCUUGAUCCUCCACAAUUCGACGCCUCCUGUUCAGAAAGCCUCAUCAGCUUUAAACUAGCUCAUAAACCAUCCAACUCUAAGUGGGAGUUCACCGUCGGCUCAGACCCACUGACCCCGGAGUUGGCUUCUAGUCACGGAUUUGCCAUGAGCAACAACAGCCAGGCUCUUCAGUUCGAUGUGCCUCUGCUCUCCGAUGGCUAUGACAAUAAGAAUUUCAGCUUACAAGGCUUCGAGGGUACUUUUGAAAUCUACGUGCGAGAUCGAGAGACCUCUCAGAUUCAGAGUUCUACUGUGAAGUCCUGUCCAUUCUUAAUUGAUGAACUCUUAGUUUGUUCCACUGAUAUGAAGAUGGUCGCUUUGGUGAACCUGACACUGGCUGUUGUGAGUGGAGAGGUUCCAGCCAACAUGACCUUGCGGGACCGAAAGUGUGGACCCAGACAGAGUGACGACACCAAGGCUCUGUUCACGUUUCCCAUGAAUGGCUGUGGAUCAACUGUCAAGCUUGGGAAGGGAACAGUCACAUAUGAGAAUGAGGUCCUGUACAGUGAGAAGUUUGUCAGUGAGGAUGCAGACAGAGUUUUUCUGCAGUGCACAUAUCCGGUUAUGAGUCUACACCGACUGUUCUCUGUAAAGGGCUUUGAAUCAGACACUCCUGGAGUGGGCCGCAUUAUUCACACAUCAGAGUCUGCAGCAGGUCUUCCCAGUACCAAGGCUCCAGUUUCACAGCCACAACCACAUCCACGUCCACAUUCCUCAUCUCGCUACAUAAAGUUUUCAGAGUUCAAAACUCAACAACUCAAACUGGGAGGGUUGGGUGGCGUAAGGGCGCUAAGAAACAAAAAACGUUUAACUUAA